UCUCUCUCUCUCCUCUGUUCGUGAAAAACAGAGUUUUAAGAUCUAUUUUGUUUGACUUUCAUUCUCUCUCUUGCUUGCAUGGUUUAAAGAUCUUUCUCGUCAUCAUUGAAAACCAAGAGACAAAUGGGAGGUAAGGAAGAGAUCAAGGAACAUUUAAAACCAUCUGAAACAGUAGAGAAAAAGCAACACAACGUGAAAGGAAAGAGAUUAUGGCAAAAAGUCAAGUAUCAGUUGGUGGAGUUUCACGCAUUACCUGCUUAUCUCCGAGACAACGAGUACAUCAUUGGUCAUUACAGAUCUGAAUGGCCUAUCAAACAAAUCCUACUCAGCAUCUUUACAAUCCACAACGAGACCUUAAAUGUUUGGACGCACUUGAUUGGGUUUUUCCUGUUUCUUGCGCUUACUAUAUACACAGCUACCAAAGUACCAGGCGUUGUGGAUAUUCACUCACUUCAGCACCGUUUACCUGAUAUCUUGAUGAAAACAGAUCUUCACAAGCUUCACUCUGACCUCAUGUCUCGCCUUCCUUCUAGUCCAUCUAGUUGGCAUGUCAUGGAGCUGCUUUAUAACUGCCUGCCUGAAAGAUUCUCUCAUGGAAACUACACCGACAUGUGUGUUCUUCACUCGGUGAGGGAAGAUCUUGCAAACAUGAUAGCUCCUUUAAUAUUCAGACCAAUCACUCGUUGGCCGUUCUAUGCAUUUCUAGGCGGUGCUAUGUUCUGUCUAUUAGCUAGCAGCACGUGUCACCUCCUCUCGUGCCACUCAGAGCGAGUCUCUUACAUAAUGCUUAGGGUUGACUACGCAGGAAUCGCAGCUCUGAUCGCUACUUCCUUCUACCCUCCAGUCUACUACUCCUUCAUGUGUGAGCCUUUCUUUUGCAACCUCUACUUAGGAUUCAUUACAAUCUUAGGGAUAGCUACCGUUCUUGUCUCGCUUAUACCGGUUUUCCAAACACCCGAGUUUCGUGUUGUGAGGGCAUCUCUCUUCUUUGGAAUGGGAUUCUCUGGCGCAGCUCCCAUCUUACACAAGCUCAUCAUCUUUUGGGACAUCCCUGAAGCGCUACACACUACAGGUUAUGAGGUUUUGAUGGGUUUACUUUAUGGUUUAGGAGCUUUGGUUUAUGCCACUAGGAUUCCUGAGAGAUGGAUGCCUGGUAAGUUUGAUAUAGCUGGACAUAGUCAUCAGUUGUUUCAUGUUCUUGUGGUUGCUGGUGCAUAUACACACUAUAGAGCUGGCCUUGUGUAUCUCAAAUGGAGAGACAUUGAAGGGUGUUGA